AUGGAGCACAUAGAGGGCUUCGAUACCAGACAAGAGGUGGAGGAACUAGCUCGGACUUUUGCUCAGAACGUCCAACUUAACCCGGCCCAGCAAAACCAACCAAGUUUACCAAAUAUCGAAUUGCAGGUUGUCCCGGACCCACAGUCCCAACUCGAUCAGCAGAACUUGCAGAACUUCGGACAAGGUCGUGGUAAUCAGCAAGGUACUUUCAAUAUUGAUCUGGGAGAAUACCAAGGAUACCCAGGGAAUCAAGGUUAUCGGACAAUAAACCAACAAGGCAACGUCCCUUCGAACUCUCAAGCUCGAACGCCGUUGUUGAACCUCACUCCACUCGAACAGGCCUUUGUGAAUGACAUUAACAAUGAUAAUAAUAAUAAUAACCAAAGAAGACUACCCCAACGACAAGGGGCAAACUCUCCAGAAGAAAGAAAAGGCAGUUAUGAUGCUGGAAACGGUCAAGACCCAUGGUACAGCUACCCAUCGGAAAAUAUGAUGCAAAAUAGCCUCUUCACGCCUUCAAACCAAAAUCCCACUCAAAACCAAGACAUGUCGACAGCCAGCCAAGUCCAACGUCUUCAACAACGACUCCAAAUAAACCGCGCCCCAGCAAACAAUAUCUUCUCAGAAGAGGAUUUCGAUUUCGAGUCCCAAGACGAACGAGCUUCUGGCCCUACCCCAGACACCGACGAAAAACAAUUAACCCAAGGUGCCCCCUUAACAGGAAAUCGAAAUUCUAAGGUUUCCGCGAUACCCCUUACUUCCAAAAAACUCAGUGAACACAACUUAACCCGUAACUUGAUGUCUUCCAGCGGUGUACAGUUCUAUGUUCGAAGGUCAGAUAAUUCAAUCCAACCGCUUCGGGAUUUGGACUAUGUUGAAAGAGCUACGGCUACCGAUGUGGGAUUUGGGGCCAGCAUGGCUUUGGCGGCUUGGUCUAGGUUCGGUGGCGCUAUGGGAGCUGUUCGUCCCGAGGACUUGUACGCUUAUAUCACGAGACCUGGGAUUAGGCCUACGGACUACUUGAUCGUGGACACUAGGGCUGAGGGGGGGACUACGAGGCUUAGUAAUGUGGAACAGGCUAUUGAUAGGGUUCAUGUCAUUCCUUAUUCUAGCGACAAGUGCAUGUUUACAUCAGAUGAAUUCAUCAGUUUGCGGGAGGGUGAGGCCGCGAGUGAUAAAGAAUGCGACGUGAUAGCACCAGAAAUCGCCCGCACUGUUGCCAAUUCUCGUGCAAGAUUUAUAAUCGUCCACUGCGCCCAAGGAAGAAAUAGAAGUCCAGUCGUCGCCAUGGCCCUCCAUGCUAAUCUCCGCCGCACUGCCCCCGAAAAGAAAGUACUCCUCCUAGUCGGCGGCUCCGACAGUUUCUGGGCUUUCGUCAGGAACCCCCAAGCCCAACAGGAAUACUUCCAACGUAAAGCGAACGAAAUGGCAGCCCGUCAACGGACCCCAGAGCAGUUAGCAUUACAACGUGAGCAAAUUCUUCGUGAAAAUCUAAAUGUUAUUGAACUUCCUAGUAGUCCGGAGUUCCCACAACAGCAGCAGCAACAGCGACAACAACCUGGACGCGCAGGAACCCUAAGCACAAUGCCUGGAACGAACGUCAUGAUAGAAUCUAUAAUAAGUCCGACUUGGGACCAACUAACAAUCCAAGGUGCUCGUCGUCAGGCAGAAUUUUCAAACUUACCACUCGAGGAACUUGACAGGGGUGCUACCAUUGAUAGAGAUGCAGAGGCGUUUUUGAAGUUCUAUGGACCUAAACCGGAAGAUUGUAUAGAUGAGAGUUGUAAACCUAUAAAUCGCGGACCUUAUAACGGUGGUCCUCCGGGGCCGGGUGGUGGAAUGGGAGGAGGCGGUAUGGGCGGUGGUGGUAUGGGUGGCGGUUUUAGUGGAGGUAUGGGUGGUGGGAUGGGAGGCAGCUUGUUGACGAAGAGGAGUAUGGAUCCCUUAGAUAUUGCGGGUGGGAGGUUGAGGAAGAGAUCGUUUGGAAUCUUUAUGCCGGAACCUACAGGGAGAGGUAUAAGAGUCAUUCAUCGACGGUAG